AUGGCAGCCUCCCAAAGUGAAGUCCUCAAACUCGCAAACGCGUGUCUUUACGUCUUCCACAACCGGGACGAAGCAUCUCGCGUCAAGACCACCACAGACAUUUUCCACCCCGACAUCACCAUGUACGAGCAUGAUCGCGUGACAACGGGGUAUGAAGGCCUUGAAAGGCGGAUGAAGGAAUUGAUUGCAGGGAACGAAUUCGAGUUCACAGCUGCUUCGGAGCCGGUCGUAAAUCAUGGUCUUGUGUGCAUUGAUUGGGCAUUUGGGCCGCCUGCGGGAGAGCCGGUGCUGAGGGGAACAGACAUCACCUUGAACGAGGAUGGGAAGAUAAGGAAGCUUUGGGUCAAUUUCAAACCAUGA